GCCAGACCGCUGACCACCCCCAGCCCUUCGCAGAUGCAAGCCCGGAAGAAGCGCAGAGGGAUCAUAGAGAAACGGCGCCGAGACCGCAUCAACAGCAGCCUUUCCGAAUUGCGACGCUUGGUGCCCACGGCCUUUGAGAAACAGGGCUCCUCCAAGCUGGAGAAGGCCGAGGUCUUGCAGAUGACGGUGGAUCACUUGAAGAUGCUCCACGCCUCCGGUGGCACAGGGUUCUUCGAUGCCCGAGCCCUGGCUGUUGACUUCCGGAGCAUUGGUUUUCGGGAAUGUCUCACCGAGGUCAUCAGGUACCUGGGGGUCCUGGAAGGACCCAGCAGCCAUGCAGACCCUGUCCGGAUUCGCCUUCUCUCCCACCUCAACAGCUAUGCAGCUGAGAUGGAGCCUUCCCCCACACCCACUGGGGCCCUGGCCUUCCCUGUGUGGCCCUGGUCCUUCCUCCAUAGCUGUCCAGGCUGGCCUUCCCUGAGCAGCCAGCUCGCCAUUCUGGGAAGAGUGCCUGGCCCUGUCCUCCCCAACGUCUCCUCUCCCACUUACCCCAUCUCUGCCCUCCGGUCCACACCAGUACACAGAGUGGCUGGUACCAUCCUGCCAGCCCGGAGGAAUCUGUUGCCUAGUCGAGGGGCAACUUCCACCCAGAGAGCCCAUCCUCCUGAAAGGCCAGCUGCCCCUCUCCCCACAGCCCCUGGUAGCAGGGUUGCCAGAAGCAACCAUGUGCUCUCUGUCCUGCCAUCGUCUUCCCCGACAGCCCUUGGAGCUGGGAAGUCUGAUGACAGUCCAUCCCCUUUGGGGCCAACUGGGAGGCCACCAGCAGCGGUGCUCUGCCACUCCUGGGUCUCUGAAAUCACUGAAAUUGGGGCUUUCUGAGCUGACCCCCUACACCCAUCCCCUAGAAAUGGAGAGCGUUGCUAUUCUCCCCCAGGAGCUCUGAAAAUGGCGCCACCUUUUCUAGACCAGCUUCAAUACAAAGGCCUCUUUCCUCCCCCAUCAGAGCCCUCCCAGGCCCCUACUCACGACCCAUCCUGUUGCCCGCCUGGCUCCCGUCACCUUUUCAGAGCUCAGAACCUUAGUCUCAUUUCCCACAGGCACAGAUGAACUACAUGGUGCCUGAGACCCCUGAGGUACUGUGGACCCAAGACUCAUGGCCUUUGAGUCUGGAGUUGAAGCUUUAACCUAAAGGCUGCUCCCAUGAUGAGGUGGGACUCGCAGUCCUGAGGACUGGUGGGAUUCAGCCACCCCCAGGCCAACAGGAUGGAAUGUGCCGUCUGCUUCACUUCCUGAAGACAGAAUUGAAGCAGUGGCUGUUGAGUCGUCUCUGUGGCCCCUCCCAGAACAGGGAAGCACAGGACAAAUCUGUUCUCCAAUCAGUUAAGGCCUGCAGCUACCAUCGUCCCAACUUCAGACGCUCGCGUGACUGACUACCCACUAAGGCUUGACCAGCCAGGCCAGGAGGAUUCCCCACAGCAGCGGAGCUCUGGCGGGAUGUCCCUACCACCAGGUCUCCACAGUGCUUCAGACAGGAACCGGGGCUGAGAGAGAACAGGAGAGCACCGCUCUCUCCUUUUCUCUUGGGUACCGUCCUCUGGGACUGUGACCCUUCCCACAGGGUGCGGACGACUGUGGUCCUGAUGGUGGCACUCUAAGAAGCAUUCUCUUGGGAUUCGGCACCAGACAUCUGAGCCGCCUGGUUUGCAUCCGGCUCCCAGAGCCCAGACUGCUGCCACAGCCAAGGGCUGUCAGGCGGGAUAAAAAUAACUUGGAGGAGGGGGAAUACAGGCAGAGGCGGCUGGGCUCUUCAAGGUCAUGCAGCGGGGUCGAGGGCCUGAGAGCCUGCUUGCCCACAUUUCACACAGCUGCCUCCGCUCAGAGGCCAGCUCACUCCCCAGCUCCGCCUCAGGCCACUUGCCUCUCUAAUGGGAAUAAAUGGCCAGUGGAUCAGGAGAGACUGAACUGACAUUUAGGGUCGCCCUAGCCGGGGACAAAGUGUGGAAGCCUUUCUGUCCUCUUCGGUGAACACUUGCUUCCCACGGUCGUCAGAGCUGUAGUAAGGAACCUGUGGGCACAAAAGGAGCGUUUACCAAACCCUGGGAGCAUAAAGGUCAUAUCAGAAAAGUGGGACAGAGGGCAGAGGUCAUCUGAGUGACCCAGAAAGAGUUUAUGCAUAGGCCUUGAAGAGAUAAAGACUUCUUCACUCCUUAGUAGAAGCAAGUUCUUUAAUCUUGCUGCCAUAUUGGACCCGUCUGGCAUCUCUGUGGAGUGCAUCAUCAGCCCACUGAGAGAGAGAGAUCUGGGGUGGGGUGGGGUAGAAGAG